CCCCUCCCAGAGUGCAGAGACGGGGCAAUGUGCCGAGUUCUGGACGUCCUCCUGGCCCUGCUAAGUCGUUUUCUGUUCGCGGUGCAUGGAAUUGUGACUGUGUGGCGUGUUGUGGUGGUGAAGGGAGAGCCCUGCUAUUGGCUGCUUCUGAUCGGUGUGGCAUUGCUGGGUGUAGAGAUGGCCGUUACUAUCAAAUGCACUCGCAACGCAGAGUGGAAAUGGUUUUCUCCUAUGGUCUUUCUUUAUCUCAGUACUGUGAUUCCCUCCAUCUGGUUCCUGGAGCUGAACCUGCUGCAGUUCAACCUGCCAAUCAACUCAUCUUCACCUGAUCUUCUCCUCCUGUCUCAUAUCCCCUUAGCAGUGGACUUAUCAGAUUUGGAACCUGAGAACUGGGUGGCCGGUUUGGAGCAGACCAUGCUCAUUGUACUGGUACUAGGACGCUGGCUUAUGCCCAAGGGUGACAUGACACGUGACCAGCUCUCACAGCUCCUUAUGGUCUAUGUGGGCCUGGGUGCGGACAUCCUGGACAUUUUUGACACUUUCAAGGAGCCUGAAGUGAAAACCAACCAUGCUGUAAUUAUUGUAGGACUGAGUCUCUUCUCCUGGGCCUUAAUGCAAUUCCCUUUGGUACUGACACAAACAAAUCCCCCUAAAUCCCACACAAACAUCAAUCUUAAACCCAACACACCUGGGUUACUGCCCUGCCCCUAUAUCUCUUGCUGCUCCACUGAAAUCUGGAGCCUUCUUCUUACUGUUGGGCUUCAGGAUGGCCCGUUCCUGGUUUACCGCCUGUAUCUGAUGCUUAGGGAAAAGGUUCUAAACCAGCUGAUGAUCUUCUUUACAUGUAAAAAUAUCCUCAUUGUCAUGCUAGAGCUGUACCGAAUUGGUGUGGUACACUUUGAGCUGCACAGGCCUGGGGGGAGAGAAAGAUCACCUGAUGAACCUCAAAGAGAGACAGAAAGAGUUGAAGGUGAAAGAUUUGAAGUUUCAGGUUCUAGCCACCAAGGGGUAAAUUUAAGUAUUAAUGAAAGUUGA